AUGAUGUAUUCAAAUAUAGAAGACAAAUUUGAUGUACAUCUCAACCACUUCGAGAGUGUGUAUGGUGAUAUUCCAUCAUUUUUCAAGUAUGUGAAAGAAACAUGGUUAACACUAUAUAAAGAAAGAUUUGUUCCUGCAUGGACUAACAGAGUCACUCAUUUAGGGAACACAACAACAAACAGGGUGGAGUCUGCACAAUGGAGAUUAAAGAACAUGUUGACUACAAGUCGUGAUGAUUUAUGUGCAAGCUGGAAUGCUGUGAACACAAUGUUGAAGUUGAAGCUAGGUUCCAUAAGAGCGUCGUUUCAAAAAAGUAUCGUCUACAUUGAGCAUCGAUAUAACACUCCAUUCUAUUCUAAAUUGCACAGUUUUGUUUCAAGACAGUGUAUACAACUGAUUAGAAAGAAACUAGAAAAAGUCAAAUUUGUUGGUACGAGCAAGGAGAGGUGUGGUUGUUACAUUAGAACAACAGAUGGAUUACCGUAUGCGUGUCAGCUCGCCGGUUACCAGAUUCUAGGCAUACCUAUACCGUUGGAAACUAUUCAUGUGUUUUGGACGAAAUUGCAAAUUUCAGAACAUGAGAAAAAAGUUUGUGAUCUUGCCUAUCCAUUCACAACGUCAAUGUGUCCACCGCCAAUGAAAUACAAGCCAAAGAGAGGAAUUAAGAAGAGUAGAAAAGGUGAGGAUGUGCAUCGUGAUCCAAGUCAGGGGGAAUAUGCUGAUGCUUCACAGGGGAGUCAGACUACAAAGAGAUCAUGCACAAAACCAAGUGGGAGUCAAUCGUCAACCAUGCCUAUUGGUAAGCAACCUUCUACCAAUUUUGCAAAAUGCAAGUACUUGUACAGUUUCGUGCUUUCUUUCAUCCAUAUAUCGAUGACAUUUUUGAUGUUGAACCGGAUGGAAAUUGUGGUUUCCGUUGGUAAGGAGAAGUGGAUGUCGAUUCCAGAUAUGGAUUAUCAUGUUGCUUCUAGAUACAGUGAUGUAAAGUUGAGACCCGAUUGUCCAUUGCCUCCCGUCACUGAUCGUUGGAGGAAGAAUCAUUCUAAUAAUACAAAAGCAUGA